AUGGACAAUGCUCCAAAGAAAGAUCACAGCGUUGACGUUGCCAGGCAGAUCAUUAACAGAGAAAUGACAUCACGCUCUACAAACAAGAAUUACGGCGAAUUUGACAGACGAGAACAAGUUGAUGUUGUUAUUGAGAUGACUGAUCAGAAUUUCCAAUUCAAAACAUCAGAUGGAAGGCCAUGGGUUAUCCUUGUGUAUCAGCACUACUACGAUUACCAAUCAAAUAAGCCAUUUUUGGAAGAUUUAUUCCAAAAAACAGGACUUCUCUUUGGAAUUGCGAGAAUGCAAAUAUCUCAAUCACCUAAGAUCGUAGAGAAGUUUGGUAUCAGAUAUUCACCACAACUCGUUGUCUAUGACUCAAAAACAAAUAAUCACUUUUUAUUCAAUGGAGAAAUGAAGUUAGGCAAAGUCAUCAACUUUGCCACACGUAAAUUCGGCGCAGAUGUUACAGUAGUCCAUUCAGAUGAAGAAAUGCUGAAGUGGAGAAAACAAAAUCUCGAUAAAUUACAUAUCAUUCUAUUUUCUGACCUCAAAGAUGUACCAAAUUCAUUUUUACUUGCAGCAGCCUUCCUUAAAUACAAUUGCGUGUUCGCAUUCGCUUCAAUUAACAAAGAUACAAUUCCGAAAUUCCCUCGCGCUUUAGGUUCGACUUCCAUGGAAGAUCUACCGACAUUCGUAUUCUACAGGAUGGCUAACCCGCAGGAUGAUACCUUCGGCGGACCCGUAAUUCCUAUUGUUGCCCCUAUGGACCUUGAUUCUGGUUGUUUGGCCGCACUCGCCCGUCACUUUUCUUUUCCAGUUUUUUCAGAAGUCAACAGCGGAAACUAUAAUAGAUUGUGUUCAGGAAGAUGCAUACUGUUCUGCGAAGGCCGUGAAAUAGCCGAGGAUAUAAAGAUUGGCGCAAAUGCAAUGAAUAUUGAAACAGGAACAAUUAAUUUGACAUUGGAACCAGAAUUUAAAGAGAAAUUUGAUUUAGAACCAGGAGAUUUCGUGUUCAUUAAACCAAAAGAGAAUAAAUACGCAAGAUGGAGAGAAAUAACAACAUGGAAAGAGUUUAGAACAAAUAUUGAGUUUGCAAACAAAGGUUUGUUGACUUUGAAUUCUACAGAUAGUAUUCCUAAGAUUCAGAGACCUCCUCCAAAGAUAGAAACACCAAAGACAAAGAAGAUUGAAGAAAUAGAACGUGCUGUGAAGAAUUCCCUUUUGGAUGUGUUAGUUAAAUUUAAUUCAAUUAUCAAAUCUCUUCCUCCUAUUGCUGUUCUCGGUGGACUUGCACUUGUUCUCGUUUUAUUUGGCGAAAUGAUUUCAAGGUGCUUGUCACCAAAGGUAGAAACACCGAAACACGACAAGAAAUGGGACUAA